GCUACUGCUGUUGUAGAAACAUGGGCCCAUUUUUUAUUUUUAUUUUUCAUUUCUUAUUUGUCCACGGUUCUCGCUCCUCUCUCUACCCCCACUCCUAAUAGCUGAUCACUUUCUCUCUCUACCCCGCUCCUCUCUCUCUCUCUCUUACUUCUCAUCUACUCUCUCUCUCACACACACACAAGUUAAACCUUGUGUAUUGGGGAUGGUGAUGGUGUUGGAUCCGUAGAAAUGAAUCAGAAUUUGAAGGAAUAUUUGAUCGGAGGGAGGUCGCAGCACCGGCGAGGUCUCAGCCUCAACGGAAUCUCCGAGGAUACGGAUGAGAACUUGGAUCUCUUCUCUAGGAAUCGCCGGAGUCUCUCCGUUGCUUCGUCCGACGAAUCAGACGGCUUCUCACUCCUCCUGAAAUCCCACUUUUUCCUUCAUCGGAUGGAAAUGAAUCUAAAGUCUAAACCAGCCCCAGAUGCUCCAAGAAGGUCUUCCACGGUUAGACCAGACUCUACAGCUAAGACUUCAAGGGUCUCUACAUCCAUGAAGGACCUGCGUCAUGAUGUUUUUGGGAUAUCAAAGGAAAACAAAGAUCCAAGAGCUGUGAAAGGGAACAAAGAAUUGCUAGAUGCAUUGCCUGAGAAAAUAACAUUUGAGGAUGGUGGUUAUUUGUCUGAUGAUGCAAAAGAGGUUGAUUCUGAGCAAUUUGAAAAGAUCCUGAAGUGUAUAAGAUCUGGGAUCGAUAGUGGAGCUACCCUUGAGACUGGAGGUGAGAGAUUUGGUACCAAGGGCUACCAUAUCGCGCCCUCGGUUUUCUCUAUUGUUCAGGGAUCUUAAUGAUGUGAUAUGAAGGGCAAAUGCCUCUUGUUAUGGGCUGGCUGCAGGGGUAUUUACUCAGAACCUCAGCACCGCCAACACCUUGAUGUGUCCAUUGAGAGUUGGGGACAGUGUGGAUUAACAGCUUCGAUACUUUUGAUGAUGCAAUCCCUUUCAGUGGUUACAAGAUGAGCGAACAUGGCAAGGGAAUCUACAGUCUGAGUAACUACUUGCAAGUAAAGGCUGUUGUUACUCCCUUGGAAAAUCCUGCAUGGUUAUAACUUCUCACAUUUCGAUUCAGAUUUCGUUUGGAAAUAAAGAGCAGGCAGCAACAGAAUCUUAGGUUGCUCAUAGAGAAGGAUGAUACUUGGAGGAUAUAUAUGGAGUCUCUGCUUUUUUUUCUUUUCUUUCCUCACUAAUAAAUGCAUUGUAGUUCCAGUUUUUUUUUUUUUGGUUCUCCCUUACUUUGUUGUGAAUUGAGUUUAUUUUAUCAAUAAAUUUGGUUUAUGUAUGGAUUGACCUUGAUUAUAAGAAUUUGAAUUUCCUUAAAUUUACUUCAUUUAAAUAUAUUGUAAUUGAGUUUAUUUGAUCAAUAAAAUUGGUUUAUGAAUGGAUUGACCUUGA